GAAGAAUAAGCAGGAGAUUUCUGAGCAGUGUUAUUGUCGCCAGGUAUGGGAUCAGGUGACCCUAAAGGAAAGGCUAAUAAAAUCAGCUUAAGGCUCUUAAUUAGCGAAGGUUUAAAUUGAUCUCGGCUACCACAUGGAUAUUGUUGAAAGAAAAGGCAGCAGAGAUGGAGCUUCACUGGAACAAUGUACUGGUUCUACUUUUUCUGCUUGAAGCUGGAAAAUGUGGCAAACCCGAAGAUGAUACAUCAGCCACUUAUGUUGAUAAUGAGACAUCCACAAAAGCUCUGAUUCCAAAUGAAUUUUUACAGUGGCAAAGUAAAAGCAGCAAGUGCGAAUGCCAAGGCGGCUAUGGAUCCUCUCUGAUUAACCGAAUGAUUGCAUCUGACUGUAUGCCAGAAUGUCCAUAUCAUAAACCUGUAGGAUUUGAAUCAGGGGCUGUGACUUCAGAUCAGAUCAUCUGUUCCAAUCAGGAGCAGUACACAGGAUGGUAUUCAUCAUGGGCUGCCAACAAGGCAAGACUUAAUAGCCAAGGAUUUGGUUGUGCAUGGCUGUCAAAAUUCCAAGAUAAUGGGCAGUGGCUUCAGAUUGAUUUUAAGGAAAUUAAGGUGAUUUCGGGCAUAAUGACACAGGGAAGGUGUGACGUUGACGAGUGGAUCACCAAAUACAGUGUUCAGUACAAAAUGAAUGAAACCUUAAAUUGGGUUUACUACAAGGAUCAAACAGGAAACAAUCGGGUAUUUUAUGGAAAUGCCGACAGAUCUUCUACAGUGCAAAAUUUCUUGCGUCCUCCAAUUGUUGCUCGUUACAUCAGGCUCCUUCCACUGGGAUGGCAUGUUCGCAUUGCUGUGAGAAUGGAACUGCUCGAGUGCAUGAGCAAAUGUGCUUAAAAAGGGCAUGUAAAGGCAAAAAAAUAAUGUAUUUCCUAUAUUCUUUAAUUAAAAAAUGUGUACCAUUUUUAUAAGAAACCUGACUGUAUGCAAUGAAAUUCUCCCUUCAUUUACUGCUGUGGAUAGGAAUUGUCAGACAGUCCCUAACUGCUGAGCAGGGAAACAAUCAUACUUAUGAACAGCAGGGGGAGCCCCCGCCUUACUUCCCAGCCAUGCAGAACUCAAGCAGCUUUGUUUAUGAUGAUCCCUAAGCAGCCCAGACCACACUGAGCAUGUGCACAGUCUUAGUCUUGCAAAGAUGUUUAACAAAGUUACAAGAUGGUGACCCCCUGUAGCCAACUUUGAAAGCAUAAAUUAUUUGUUUGAUUAGGCUUGUGGUGCAGUAAGUUCAUGUUUAUAUUUAGUAUACAAAAUACAGCAUUUCUAGCCUUAUUCUAUUUUAGACUUUACUUCCCCUUUAAGUGUCAGGCAGCACUCAAAUCAUGCAUAUUUCUGCCCUUACAGAAAGUGUUUUUGCUAUAUUUACUGUACAAAUGUAUUGUUUUAAAUGAAAAUCCUGUAAUUCUGCUAUUUAGCAUGUGGGAUCCCCAGUAAAAUACUGUGUCCAAUCUAGACUAACUUUGUGAGGUAUUUUGUAAAAUAAAGGAAAUCUGCUUCCACUAUGGAAA